AUGCCUAUCGCUCUCGACACUUCGCCGACUAAAACUUCUCGCGCAGGACAAACCGGGACCAAUAUCGGCCUAUCGGACGCCCAAAGAGCUGCUCUUACCCCGGAUGAAAUUGCAACAUUGGAGUUUGGUACCAAAUGCAACUUGGCGGGCUGGUUGAUGUAUACAACUCUCAUCUGGUCUCUCAAAGCAUGCAUGCUGUUCUUUUAUGCCCGGUUAACGAUAGGCCUAUACAAGGAGAGGAUGGUCAAGAUUGCUGCCAUAAUAUGCGCAUGCACAUAUGUUAUCAGCAUGAUAACCAUCCUAACACACUGUCGUCCUAUCGAAAAAAAUUGGCAGGUCAAUCCGGACCCUGGAGGUAAGUUCGACUUCUCACAGAGCGGUAGCACAUGGCCCAGUAUUUCUGAACUGACAAAUAUAGACCUUUGUACCCUGGGUAUUCCGAACUACAUUACAGUAGCAACAACGAAUCUGCUAAAGAUGGUCAUUGGGCUAUUGCUCUGUGGAGGCCUCUUUAUCAUGGUUGCAACUCUUCUCCGUUGUAUUCUGUCCAUCGAGUCCAUCCAUGGUAUCAAUAUUAGCACUAUUUGGGCUAUAAGAGAAAGUUUUGUUGCCAUCCUUGCCAUUAAUGCGCCCUGUAUAAAACCAAUAUUCAGCCCCAGGGCCUGGACGGUUACAAGCGACGACUCCUCACCCAGAGACAGCGAGAACCCAUCUUCAGUUGGGACAUGCAGUCAUCAACUCAGCAAGAUGUCUAAGUCAUCCCGGUUUGACCAGUUAUCUGUUCUCAGGACAGUCGACGACCACUGCAGUGAGGAGCUAUCCCUUCCAUACAACCAGGCGCAGAUGGGAUUUGCUAGCCAGAGCACUAACAGUGCGCGCGGGGCCACUGCAUCUUCAGAGGACCAGUCCCUUGAGAUCAACCGCUCUGCGCACGGAGGCAUUCAUAUCACUACGACAUAUGAGGUUACUCCUUCUGAACCUUUCGAAAAAAAGCCACAAGUAUGA